UCUUUCUGAAAUCAGGUAACGAUCCGCUUGAACUGAAAGCUGUCCAUUCAUUUUUAUGCGUCACUUUUCGCUCAGAUUUCUACGCUCGAGGAUGCUGCCCAUAGUGUCUAUGUUAUGUCUUGUUGCGUUGACCUCGGCGACGCUGCCGUUUAAAAUUACAGAUUGUAGUACCAGCCCAAACAAGAUAGUGCGCAUUGAAAAUGUCCACCUCUCCCAGGACCCAGUCAAGAUACCGGGCAAUGAGACGGUGACCGCGGACGUUACGAUUCUGCAGAGCAUUGCGGGGACCGGCCAUUACAACGUCAGCCUGAGGAUUCAGCGCCACGUGUUUAACGGAUGGGUUGAGGCACCUUGUAUUCAUGACUUUGGAAGUUGUUCGUAUGACCUAUGCACGGUUCUCAGUGGAAAGCACUACCAGAACACGACCCACCACUGUCCUAUAGAAAUCGCCGAGACUUCCCCAGACUUCGAGUGCGCAUGCCCAUUCCCAGUGGGAACGUACCAUCUGAACCCAACCACCGCUCACAUCGACAACUUGGCGAGCUACCUUAAAUGGCUGGCGCAGGGCGACUACAAAGUGGAGGCCAAGAUUUUGGACACGACCACCCACGCGGAGGUAGGCUGCUUUAUCGUGCAGGCCACCACCGCAUCGGAUUGCACAGGUAUCCAGUGCAUCUUCGGGAAGAGGCACGAGAAAUAGGCCCGGACGAUUGGGGGUCUGAGACGCACAAGUCAAUUCUUUGUAUUUUUGAUGUUGUUUUGAAAACAAGUCAUGAAUAAAACGAUUGGGUUCAAACAAUACCCAACAAAGGUG